GGUGCCUUUCCGGAAGUGGUUGCUGGUCGCUGCAGGGCAACACCCCGGCGUCCCUGGAAGCGGGGAGCCGGACACCCCGGCGUCCCUGAAAGUGGGGGGCCGGGGUGGUGCUGGGGAGGCGGCACAGAGCCAUCGUCCCAGAACUCCGGGUUGGGGACAGGGUCUCUGGGAUUGAGAUAGAUACGCCAGGCUGAAUCAUGGCUAGACGACCCAUCCUCUUAGGUGACCAGCUGGUUCUGGAGGAAGAUUCUGAUGAGACCUACAUCCCCAGUGAGCAAGAAAUCCUUGACUUUGCCAGAGUGAUUGGUAUCGACCCCAUCAAGGAACCAGAACUGAUGUGGCUGGCAAGGGAGGGUAUUGAGGCUCCAUUGCCCAAGGGCUGGAAACCAUGCCAGAACAUCACAGGUGACCUUUACUAUUUCAACUUUGACACUGGGCAGUCCAUUUGGGACCAUCCAUGUGAUGAGCACUAUCGGAAGUUGGUGAUCCAGGAGCGAGAGAGGUGGUUAGCUCCCGGGGCCGUUAAGAAGAAAGACAAGAAAAAGAAAAAGGAAAAGAAAAACAAGAAAGACAAAGAGACCUCCAAAAGUCCUCUGGUCCUGGGUUCCCCCUUAGCCCCAGUCCAGGCCCCUCUUUGGAGCCUGGCUCCCUUACGAGGCCCUGGGGACGCCCCACCCUCUGCUCUUCGUGGAUCUCAGAGUGUGAACCUGGGGAGCUUGGCAGAUUCUGGGCAGCUUGGGGAACCCACGCUGCCUCUACAGGGUCUCAAGACGGCUGCUUGUGCAAAGGGUUUCUUGGGUUCUGCCCACGAGGGCAAGCAUGCUCUCAGCCUCUUGGCUUUAGGGGAGGAAACCAACGAGGAGGACAAGGAGGAGAGUGACAACCAGAGUGUCCGAAGCUCCAGUGAGCUUCUCAAGAACCUGCACCUGGACCUCAGUGCCCUGGGAGGUAACUUUGAGUACGAGGAGUCUCCAAGAAGCAGCCAGCCAGUGGACAAGAAGGAUGUUUCUCUUGACUCGGAUGCCGAUCGGCCCCCCACCCCUGGCAAGCUGUUCAGCCAGGGUGCUGACCGGAGUCUGGACAGUUCUGAUGGCAGCAGGUCCCGGGGAAGAGGGGCAAGUCCCUGGAACCUACAGAAAGAAAACGAGAACAGAAAUCUCAAGGCUUCUGAGAGUCAGGUGGCUCCUGGGUUGGAUCCUGGGGGUGAUCACCCUGCCAAGGCCUCUAAAAAGGAACAGGCAGAGGAAGCCAUGGAGGCAGGAGAGGAGGGUUCCAGGAGAGAAACAGCCAAGGAAGCGUCCGCCCUGGAGGAGAGCACAUCAGACGCCAGUGAGGAGUCAGAGGUCCUUGAACACUUGAAGGACCCACAGCUCUCCGAGUCUGAAGCUUCUGCCCCCAAGUCUUUCCUUGGCCUGGACUUUGGAUUCCGCAGCCGGAUCUCAGAGCGCCUGCUGGAUGGUGACAUGCUUUCUCCGGCCGUGGGUGGGGCCUGCUGGGAGUCCCAGGAAUUAGGCCAAGAAGAACAAGAUGGCAGCCAGUCCAGCAGAGCCGAGCCGCAGAGCAAGCAUUCCCAAGUCUCUGAGAGGGAGCAGCUCCAGAGUCCCCUUCACAGCCAGGCCAGUGAGGAAGGGCCUCUGCAGACCCUGGAGGGGCAGCCUGAGUGGAAGGAAGCAGAGGAGCCUGGGAAGGACUCUGUAGCCAGCCCCAGCCCACUGGCCCCCCUCCAGAGCCUCCUGAAGGCACAGCUGCAGAAAGCUGCUGAGGAGGAAGAGGCGGAAGAGGAGACUCGGCUAAGAGAGGAAGAAAGGCAGAGGCUGGCCCGCCUCCGGGCCCAGGUGCAGUCCAGUACGGAAGCAUUUGAGAACCAAAUUAGAGCCGAGCAAGAGGCCGCCCUGCAGAGGCUUCGAGAAGAAUCAGAGACCCUCCAGAAGGCCGAAAGAGCCAGUUUGGAACAGAAAAGCAAGAGGGUGCUGGAGCAGCUGAGGGAGCAGCUGGAGGCCGAGGAGAGGAGUGCCCAGGCCGCCUUGAAGGCGGAGAAGGAGGCUGAGAAGGAGGUGGUGCUGCAGCAGCUGAGGGAGCAGCUGGAAGGGGAGAGGAGAGAGGCAUUGGCAGGCCUCGAGAAGGAGCACAGUGCUGAGCUGGAGCGGCUCUGUUCCUCACUGGAGGCCAAGCACCGGGAGGUGGUCUCCAGCCUCCAGAAGAAGAUAGAGGGAGCUCAGCAGAAGGAGGAGGCCCAGUUACAGGAGAGCCUUGGGCGGGCAGAGCAGAGAGCUCACCAGAAGGUUCAUCAGGUGAUUGAGUACGAGCAAGAGCUCAGCAGCCUCCUUCGAGACAAGCGCCAGGAGGUGGAGAGGGAACAUGAGAGGAAGAUGGACAAGAUGAAGGAGGAACACCGACAAGUGAUGGCUGAGGCCAGAGAGCGCUAUGAAGCCGAGGAAAGAAAGCAGCGGGCUGAGCUCCUGGGGCACCUGACAGGAGAGCUGGAACGCCUGCGCAGGGCCCAUGAGCGUGAGUUAGAGAGCAUGAGGCAGGAGCAGGACCAGCAGCUUGAGGACCUGAGGCGUCGGCACCGGGAUCAGGAAAGGAAAUUACAAGAUUUAGAGGUGGAGCUUACAGCCAGAACUAAAGAUGUCAAGGCCAGACUGGCUCAGCUGGAUGUCCAGGAGGAGAGUAUUCGCAGAGAGAAGCAGCUACUCCUGGAUGCGCAGAGGCAGGCUGCUCUGGAGAAGGAGGAAGCCACAGCCACCCACCAGCACCUGGAAGAAGCGAAGAAAGAGCAGGCCCACCUGGUGGAGUCAAAGCGGCAGCUACGAAGGGUCAUCGAUGAGCUGCGUGUCCGGCGGGUGGAGCUGGAGUCCCAGGUGGAUCUGCUGCAGACACAAAGUCAGAGGCUGCAGAAGCACGUGAGUGGCCUGGAGGCUGAAGUACAAAGGAAGCAGGACAUGUUGAAAGAGCUGGCAGCCGAGAAGAAUGCGCCGCCACAUUUGGAGCCAGAUCUCCACAUUGACGACCUGAGGAAAUCCCUUGGCACAAAUGAGACCCAAGAGGUGUCCUCGUCUCUCUCCCAGAGCAAGGAGGAUAUCGACCUGUCCAUGGAUAGUGUCCGGCACUUCCUCUCUGCUGAGGGUGUAGCUGUACGGAGUGCAAAGGAGUUCCUGGUGCGCCAGACCCGCUCCAUGCGGAGGCGGCAGACGGCACUGAAGGCCGCCCAGCAGCAUUGGCGUCAUGAGCUGGCUAGUGCCCAGGAGAUGGAUGAAGACCUCCCAGGCACCACGGUCCUGGAAAACGUGCGCAAGAACUUGGAUGAGGAGCACAGGCACCUGGAUGAGAUGAAGUCAGCCAUGCGGAAAGGUCAUGACCUGCUGAAGAAGAAAGAAGAGAAGCUGAACCAACUGGAAUCUUCUCUACAGGAAGAGGUCUCUGAGGAGGACACUCUGAAAGGAUCCUCUAUCAAGAAGGUGACCUUUGAUCUCAGUGACAUGGAAGACUUGAGCAGUGAGAGUUCUGAGUCCUGCCCCCUGCCUCAUAUCACCUCGACCCCAAGUUCCGCGGAUCCCAACAAGAUCCAUUACCUGAGCAGUUCCCUUCAGCGGAUCAGCAGUGAACUGAAUGGUGUGCUGAGUGUGCUGGGCAGCCUCAACUCCCAGCCACCACCACAGGUCCUCAGCAGCCAGCCCCCGCCUCCACUCUUCACCUCCUCGCUCCGGUCCUCCAAGAACGCCCCUGCCCCUGCCUACUCCCUGCCGACCAAGUCCUCACCCUCAUCGUCUGUGACAUCCACGUCCACCCAGUGGGCCUGGGACCCAGGACAGGGCACCAAGCCCUCCUCCUCGUCGAAAACUGUGGAUGAUUUCCUGCUGGAGAAGUGGCGCAAGUAUUUCCCUUCUGGCAUCCCGUUGCUCAGCGGCUGCCCUCCCCCACUGGAGAACAAGCUGGGCUAUGUGUCUGUAAGUGAGCAGCUCCACCUCCUGCAGCGUUCCCAUUCUCGAGUCCCCAGCAUGGACAGUGUCAGCGUCCAGAGCAUGAUUGAGUCUAACCGGAAGUGGCUGGAACAUUUCAGGAAUGACCCCAAGGUACAGCUCUUCCCCUCGGUGCCCAAACCGACAACCACCUCGAACUUACUGCAGCUGGGCCUAGAUGAGAACAACAGACUGAAUGUGUUUCACUAUUGAGCCCCGUGGGGGGCCAGGGCAGCGACCUCCUCCUCUACACCAAGUGCCUGAGGCGCCCCAGCACUUUAUUUCCCUCUGAUCAGGCAUGUGUGCUCCACCCAGGACUUGGAGGAACCACCGGGUGGGUAGGUGGAAAGCCCAGCAGGACUGUAAGCAACCACACAUGCUUCGUUCGCCCAGGACUGUCCUGAGCAGGAAUAUUCGGACGUCGGCAAGCUUCUGCGUCGAAGUGGCUGCUGAGGACUUCAGGGAUGUGGCCACCUUCAAUCAAAGCAGCUGCCUUGGGAGGCCCAGGGAGUCUCCUCGGAGGCUGGGUUCCUGGCCUUCGGGCCCUGCCGAGGGCUCUCAUGGCGGUGGAGAGUGUGGUCCUUUGUCCAGGACAGUCCCCUAGCAUGGCUAUGCCCUGGAACUCGGCAGUGCUGGGCCCGUAGCUGUCUUUCUGAUACCUCAGCCCCAUAAGGGCCGCAUCACUUCCUCUCUUUUUGCCUUUUUUUCUUUUUUAAUGUCUGCUUUUGACUAUCUCAGGUUUGGGCUCAGCUGCCUGAGUCCUGCUGGAGUUGUUAGAGGGCCCCAUGUCCUGCUCUUCUCCCUCAGCCAGCACCCGGCUUUCCUCAGGGCGAGCAGCCUUCCCUCCCUUAGGAUGCCCUCUGGAGCUCGCCCUUGCUCUCAGGUCUCACACACCCAUCUCUCCAGGAAGCCAAAAAGAAAGCCAUAGGAAAAGACGGGCAUGACUUCUGCUCCGUCUUGAUACUUCUCUUCCUACAUCCCUCGUGUACCUGUGAGCCCUGUUUCCAUCGGGCCUUCUACCUGGGCCACCCCCACCCACCCCAGUCCAACUAUCAACCCUUCGCAGAGCUCGGUGGAAGGGCUGACUAGUAUCUGGUACUGGCAGGGGCUGUCUCGGCCAGUUGGUGCUUCUGGCACAGCCUCUGCAGCCGCACGUCCCCCAGCGGGCUCUGGAGGCCACGUUCUCGGCAUCUGUCUCGUUGUUUCAACAAAACGCCCUCAUCUUUCUUGUCUUGAGAAGCCGCGGUUGCCCUCGCCCCUGCAGCCCACAGAAUCCCACUCUCACUGCUCAUCGCUCAUUUCUUUGCCAUGGAGUAAGACACGAAGAACCAGUUGGCUUUUACCCUCUCGAUAUUUUUUAGUCAUCAGCCGACCAGACACAGGAAAAGUCCGUUUUGUUAUCUGUUCCACUCCGUGUGCCUUGAGAACAGCUCGUGUGGUACAACCAACCCCGGUGACAAUCCUGGGCGUUUUUGCAUCUAUUAAAUCUCUGCAAGUCGGUUUUCUAUAA